AUGAAAGUUGAGAUCGAUCUGAAGCGAAUUGAGCUUCUGAACGUGUUCGGUGCUAAGCUCACUCCCGCGCUGCAAUGGGUCCCCAACGCCGCAAUGAUUUGUCUGCUUGACAAGCCGACGAAGCUCAAGGAACUGCACAUCAUCAUCCGUGAAGGUCAUCGACCAGUUUCUUUCGACAAGCUCAUUCGGGCCUUGGAUAGCCGAGGGAUGAAGUUCGUGAUGGACAUGGUGGUCAAUCACACGUCAAAUCAGUACGGGUGGUUCCAGGCGGCAAAGAAGUCUAAGGACAGCGAGUUCCGAGACUUCUACAUCUGGAGAAAACCCAAGGACGACGCCAGCGGCGAGGAGGUCGAAAAACAGCAAGUUCAGUGA